AUGUCUCACUUGAUUUCCGAAAGAGCAAAAGCGCGUUCCAGAAUCCAUUUCACAACUGCAAACUUGAAGGAUGCGCCAGAAGGGUUCAAGCCACACCCAGCACCUUUAGUUUUGGACUUUGGAACACCCAAUGCUGGUUUUUUUCUAAUCAGCGGGAUUCAAGCCAAUGUGAUUGACUAUCCAUUCCAGGAGUCACUCGCUCUACCAGUUGGAAACGCUUCUCUUGAAAACUUGAAUAACUUCAAUGGAUCGAGCUCAACUGUUGUGGAGGACCAAAUCCUGAAAUUGACGAUCAAUGUCGAGGCUAAGAAUAGAGUUCAAAUAGCCAAACGGACAGACGACCCGAAGUUGAUCGAUUUGGCGCGUGGUUUGCAAUAUUCGGAAGUGGAGGGCAUUCCGCAAUUACGCAACUUCACUAAAGAGCUUAUCAAAAAAGUACAUCCUCCUGCAUACGACGAUUGGACUACAAUCUUAAGUAACGGGGCAGGAGAUGGACUAAACAAAGCAGCAGAUUGUUUCUUGAAUGAGGGGGAAGUGGUCUUGAUUGAGGAGUUUACCUUCACUCCCUUUUUGCAAAAUGUUUCCAAUGUGGGUGCGAUUCCAGUUCCAGUCAAAUUGAACCUUUCCACUACCCCAGGUGAAAGUAACGGUAUUGAUUUUGAGUACUUGAAGGACUUGUUGGAAAAUUGGGAUGAGAGAAGACCCGAAUUGAAAGGUAAGAAGCCAAAGGCUCUUUACACGAUUGCUACAGGUCAAAAUCCAACAGGCCUUACUCAGAACUUGGAGUUCAGAAAGAAAGUAUAUGCGUUAGCGGAAAAAUUUGACUUUGUAAUCAUCGAAGACGAUCCUUAUGGUUAUUUGUCCUUGCCUCCUUAUUCAGAACCUACUUCUAUCUACAGAUUGAGUGACUUUUUGACGGUUGACGAGUACCUCAAGGACCAUUUAGAGCCUUCAUAUCUCACUAUUGAUACUUCUGGACGGGUGUUACGCAUUGAAACAUUCUCAAAGCUCUUUGCUCCAGGCUUAAGAUUGGGUUUUAUUGUGGGCCACAAGAACGUCAUCGAGGCCAUCUCCAACUACGCAAAUGUGGUAACCCGUUCAUCUUCUGGCACUUCGCAAUUGCUAGUGAAUAAUGUUAUCGAGCAGAGCUUUGGUGGCGUUGAUGGUUGGCUUGAAUGGAUUUUGAAAAUGCGCCACACUUACACUAACCGCAGAAACGUUUUGCUCUUUGGAUUGUAUCAGCUGCAGGCCUACAAGGCCGGCUACAUUGAUGUAAUUGAUCCACGUGCUGGUAUGUUUGUCAGUGUUAUUAUCAAGUUUCCAGAAGGAGUCGAUGCAAUCAAGAAAAUAGAGUUGUUGCAAUGGAAAUUCCGGGAGUACGGUGUCCGCGUUGUUGCGGGCAUUAACAUGGCGGUUGAUCGGAAAUUCAGCGUUGAACGUGGUCACUUUUUCCGUUUAACUUAUGCUCCAGCUAAUAAUGACGAGGAGUUGGUUGAGGGUGCCAAGAGAUUUGGAGAGGCUGUGUAUGACUUCUUCCAAAAAGGGUUGGAGUUUUAG